CAAUUCAAGAUGCCACAUUGAAGAGGAACAAAAAGGCGAUCUGACAGCGCUGUCUGCACUUCCUCCACUUUCUCCGGGGUAGUCACGGGAUUUCAAUGUUCAGCCUGCUCUUUGGUUUCUGCGUUAACUUCAACCGUACCUAUAUGGCGUGUGUGACCGGAGAAUUCUGCCAGGCACAGCACCUCACCUCCGUGGAGAAGUGAAUCGGCCGCACCCUGAGGGACUACGCUACCCAGAAACCCCCUUGAUUGGCAGCACACAAAGAACUGCUAACUUUUUCCAAACGGCCCCGUGGGAUAUCGCGUAGUCCUUUGGCCUGACAGCUCUGCUCUGUCGCGACCAAUACGAAAAAACUUUAGCUUUCUACUUUCUUCUUGAACAAGCCAAUCACAAACAGCUCUCCUGAAUGGGCCGUCUUGCCAACAUGAACCGCCCCGCUGCAGUCGAGAUUGCCCACGGUUGCAUGAGGUUCCUCAUCACCCACAACCCCACCAACGCCACACUUAACAAAUUUACCGAGGAGUUGAAGAAGUUUGAGGUGGACACACUGGUGAGAGUUUGUGACGCCACCUACGAUAAGGCUCCGGUAGAAAAAGAGGGGAUUCAAGUAUAUGACUGGCCCUUCGAUGAUGGAGCCCCUCCUCCCACGCAGAUUGUGGAUGACUGGCUCAAGCUGCUCAACACCAAGUUCCGAGACCAUCCUGGCUGCUGCAUCGCUGUGCACUGUGUGGCAGGCCUGGGCCGAGCUCCAGUCCUGGUGGCCUUAGCCCUCAUCGAGGGAGGAAUGAAGUACGAGGAUGCCGUGCAGUUCAUAAGGCAGAAGAGACGUGGAGCCUUCAACUCCAAACAGCUUCUUUACCUCGAGAAAUACCGACCCAAAAUGCGUCUGCGGUUCAAAGAUACCAACGGCCACAACUGCUGUGUCCAAUAAGCUGCCCAUCAGUUUAAUGUGCAUCUAGUCUGGAAUCUUCCAACACAAGGUUAAAAAAAACAGAAUAAAAAGAAGAGUGCUAUUAGUAAUUAUUGUGAUUUCUAAACACUGAGUCAUGGUUAGUUGAUCAGAGCAAUCGGAUGAUCAAACGAAUGAAACUAAAUGUGGGGAUCCACCAGCCGAAACAACGGAAGGUCAAAGCACACAGAUGGGCCCGGUUCUACUGUUCAACCACGGGCCUGAAUUUUUCAACUCAAGUCCAUCCUGGUCCUUUUUAAAAAAAAAAAAAACAAUUUAUUUUUUUUUCAUACUGUUUUUGUUUCAGUUGUAAUCAUGGGAUAAUACCUUCCAUUAUGUGAAUUUUUACUUUUUACACAAAUGUGAUGAAAGCUAAACAUGUCAUGAUUCUGUUUCUUAUGUCCACUACUUAUUAAAACGAUCAGGCCUUUUUUAAAGAAAAAAAACAACAACUUUGAACACAUUGUGACUCUGUUUUUAUUUUUACCUUUUUUUUUUUUUUUUGCACAGAACGUGAAAGUUUCACCUGAAAAUGCAGUAACCUUUUUCCUUGUACUCUUCACUCGCUUUAAGUCACUUUGAAUUUAGGGGGUUCACGGAGUGUGAAUGUCGAUAUUUAUUCACCAGAAACCGUGUGGCAGGUUUCAUUUUGGCAGGAGACAUGGACACUUUGUUUUCCAGUAGUUUUUUUUUCUUCUUUUUAAUAGUUUAAACGCUUUUCUUUUGUUCCUUAAUUAAACCUUGGAGUGCAAUAAUCAGUCCACCUCAGAUACACUUAUCAAACCCUGCUGAACAUCUCACACACACACACACAUUUCAAACCCACAAAGAACUGGUGGUACUCUUGAUUUCAUUUCCUCUACAGAAUGAGAUGGGGAGUCUCAUCAAGAUUUCCCAGAAUAUGCACACUUAAACUCAUCCAAACAGAACCUGAGCUCCAAUGUGACGGGCAGGGCGGAGAAGAAUGAAAAUGGUCAGUUUUUUAUCAUUGUACCCAUUUUGAAAACAUCCCCAAUUCGUAUUGGUUCUUUAAAAAUAAAUACAUUGAAAUAAAAAA